AUGUUCAAAUAUCUCUUAACUAUUAAACUAUUUUACGCAUCUGAAUUUUAUCAGAUAUACAAUAAAAUUAGUAGGAAUAAAUCUUUAAGCUUAUUCUUGAUACUUAUAACUUAAUCAUAGAUAUACUAUAUACUUUGCCAUCCCUUUUCUAAGCUUUUUAAAUUAUAUGCAAGACCGCUUUUUUUGUUUAACAAAUUCUUUUAGAAUAUCAAGUAUUAAAUUUACUUAUAAAUAGCCUUGACUUUUAUUUAGAAUGGACUGAUAUUUUUUUUGUAAUAAUUUUAGCGAUGUAGUUAUUAUAUUUUUUUUGUUUUGUCCAACUCUUUUGUAAUUAAAGAGCCAAAGUUAAGAAUUAGACAUUAAGGAAAUAGUUUUAGACAACUUAAAAAAAAGAUUAACAUGUAUUAAACUUUUUAUUUUAGAACGAAUUACAUAAUACAAUUAACUUGAUUACAGCAUCUGAAAUUUAUAUAUCAUUUGGGACUAAAAUUUAUAAAUAUUUGUUUCAUUAUCCUAUUAUUCAACUGGCUUUUAGAAAUAUAUCGAUUUAAUCAAGCUAAUGUAAAUAUACAAUUGAUUUUAGAUUCAAACUUAAACACUUCUAAAAUUUUGCUAUUAAUAAUCAUCUUCCUUGUAUUAUUUUUUAAUAUCUUAUUCAAUAUUUUGAAUGAAGUUCAUAAUGUCUAAUUUUCAUUCAAAAAGAUUGAUUAUCUAUCUCGUUUUUAUUCAAAUUCUACUAAAAUAUAAUCUUUGAUGAUAGAAACUUUAAUUAUUUUAGUUUCAAUUUUAGAUAAUUUAGGUAUUGAUGAGAUAUUAAUAUCAAUGGUUGAAAUAAUUCUACUUAUUCUAAUUUUAAUAAUAUCUUUUAGUAAUCCAUAAUAUUAAGAAGAAUUAAUUAAUAAAAUUAUAAUCUAAUCUUUUUCACUUUACUUAUCUAUAAUAUUUUGUAUACUAAUUUUUGCUCAAGGAUUUCAAAAAGAAUUUUCAGAAUUGAUUUUGAUUAUUCUUCCAUUAAUAUUCUAGAUUACUAAUUUAUUAUUUAAAUAAUAAGAAAAUAGAACCUAAAUUCUUAGUUAUGAAAAUAAAAAUUUUGAUUGUUUAAUGAUGAAUAUUUAUAACUAAGGUUAAGAAGCUCUAGGUAGAAAUGGUAUUUUAUUAAAUGAAAUUAAAUACUAAUUACCAAAUAAUUUAAAUCUUUAUGCAUUUUCUAUGAACCAUCUAGUAUUUUGUUAAAAUUUUAAGAAUUGUUUUUGUGCUUGUUACAAAAAGUAAGAUGAUCAUUUUAUCUCUCGAUAAUAAUUUAAAUAUUAUGUGAAAGAACUGAUAAGAUUUCAUUAUGAAUUAAAGUUAUCAAGUUUAAACAAAAAUAAUACUCAGAAAUAUAUAAAAAGUUACUUUUAUUAUAUUUUAUUUAUAUCAAAAAUUAUAAAGUAACCUACGAAAGCAUUUCAUGAAAUAAUUAAAUUAAAAAAUAAUAUCUAUUCUACUUUGACACUUUUAGAUCAAAUGUUUGCAAAUUCAAUUGAAAAUCUUGUAAAAGAUGAUUUUUUAAGAAUGAUAGAGAAUAAAAAUAUUACUAAUUAAAAAUAUGAUUGCUUUAGAGUGUUUAAUUAUAAUAAAUCAGUAAAUUAGUGGAAAGAAUAGUUUAGGCUAAUCUUAGCAAAAUAAAAGUAAUGGUAUACUACAUUUUUAAAUCAGGAUUUAACAAAAUUGUUAUGUGAUGGAUUAACCUUGUAGGAUUUAAUUUCAGAUUAAGAAAAUAAACUUAAAUUAAUUUUUGAUUAAAAUCCUUUGUCUUAACAAUGUCAUAUAUUAAUUCAUUUAUUUUACAAGUACAUUAAUUUUAACAAAAGAAAAAUUGAAAUUCCUACAAUCGAUUCUUCAUUAGCCUAUAAAUUUUAGAAUUCUAUAAAUGGUAUUUUAUUUCAUAAAGAAGCUUCUUUAGUCUACUUAACAUUAUUGGAUACAAAAGGUAUUAUAAAAAAUUAUACAAAAACAUUCAGAGAUGCUCUUUGUACAUUAGAUUGUGAAAUAAUGAAUAAUUCAAUAAAUAAUUUUAUUCCUGAUAUUAUUGCAAAAGUGCAUGAUUAAUAUUUAGAUAAUUUUGUUGAAAGAGGAAGAAUAAAUAUAAUGAAAUCAGAUAGAAGAUUUUUAUUAGUAAAAAAUAAAUUAGGUUUUAUUUUUCCAAUUAUUGCAAAAGUAAGAUUGGAAACAGAUUUAAGAACUGAUUUUGGUUCAUCUGCACUUAUACUUCCAACAUAUUAAAACUAUCAUUAUAUUAUGUUGAAUAAAUAUGGUUUAGUAGAAGAGAUUAGUAAUAAGUUAUAUAAUGAAGUCAUUUUACCAAUUUUAUGUAUUGAUUUAAAAAAUAUAAAAUAAUUGGAUUGUUUAAAAUUAAUACCAAAGUUAAUUAAAAGUUGGAAAAAUCUUAAUUUAACUGAUAUUUUAGAAUCAGAACUUAAAGAUCCUAGUUAAUCAUAUAUAGUGAUUCCAAAGAAAAGAAAGAAGCAAGAAGUGCUAUUGUCUACUUAAGUAAAAGAAAAAUAAACAAUAACAGAAUUUUUAAAAAGUUAAGAUUUAAUAAAUGAAAAAUACUUUGACAAUUUUAAAUAGAUGUACAUGUUUAGAAUUACAUUUAAAAUUGUAGAAUUUUUUACAUUUUAGGGAACGUAUCUAAAAUAUUUAAUUUAGGAUAUAUUGUAUUGAAAUUUAAACAAUUAAACCUGUUCGUGAAUCACUUAGAACAGAAAUAUUUGAAAGGUUAAUUGAGAAAUCAGAAUAUGUAAAUUUGAGUAGAAAAAUAAUUAAAUUAAGUUAAGAAUUGAAAAAGAGGAAAACUAAAAAGUUUGAUAUAAUUAAUUAAAAGGAAUCAUUAGGUUUUAUUUCUUUUCAACCUGAUUAAUAGACAAUUUAUAAUUUGGAUUCAUAAAAAUUAAUAGAAGAUGAUUAUAUGAUUAGAUAAAAAGAAAUGUAAAUUCAUUUAACCAAUCCUCUUUAUAUAUUAUAGGUAUAUUUAUAAUUAAUAUAAGAUUGAAGAAUGUUAAAAUUUAAUUAGUUAGCCUAAUAGUCAAGAGAAAAGAAUUUAAGAUUAAUAGACAUUUAAAAUGAAAUCUUCAAAUACACCUAGUUUUUGUGGUUUGAAUCAUUUUGGUAGUAAUAAUUCAAAUGGAAUAAGUUAAAUUUUUGGGUCUGAUUAAAAUAAAUUAAUAGUACAUUCCAGUGCCAUAUUAGAAGCAUUAAAUGAGAAUAAAGAAUCAAUUAAAUCUAGAAAUUCAGAUGAAGCCAUUGGAUCAAUGGAAAAUUUUCUAUUUGAUGCAGAUUAAAUGCAAUCUAUAUCUUCAUCAUAAAUAAGCGAUAUAAAAGUAAAAAAAACCCAAUUAAAACAUAAUCUAUUUGAUGAAUAAACUAAAUAGCAUUGGACUAUACGUAUAAUUAAUUUGAUAACAUUUGUCUUAUUGAUUGUUUUUAAUAUUUUCUACUAUUAUGUUUUGAAUUAAUAAAAUUAGGUAAAUCAUAAUUUUAACUUUUAAAGAUUAUUGGAUCCGCAAUAGAAACAUACAAAUUAUCAAAUAAUUUUUAAGUAUAGAUAAACAAUUUCAUACUAAGUUACAAUUAUUCAAAUACCAUUGAAUUCAAUCAUACAACAUAUAUGAAAUUUUGUGCUAGUCAUUUUUAAAAUGAUAUUUCAAAAUUCUAAUUUUAUUCACCUAAUAUUGAAAAAAAUACAAGUAAUUGUUUAUUUUUUUUAAAUCAAGUUCCAUAUCUCCAAAUUAAUGAGUUUGAAAACAUAACAAAUCUAAGUUUUUUUUAUUCUUUAGGAUAUUUUUCCUAAUAUUUACUUACAUAAUCAAAUAUUACUAAUUAAGAAUAUUUUCUGGAAUUUAUAGCCAGAAAUUUUAUUACAAUAAUUUCCUCUAAUUCUGAAUUAAAUUCAACUGUCUUUAAGAAUGGUGUUGAAUAAUUUUUGGCAGCUUAAUAAUCAACAAAAUUAUCUUUUUAUUUUACUUUGAUAUCACUUUGUUUUGCUUUUAUAUUUUACUUAGUCCUUUUAAUUAUUAUUAAUAAAGCUAAAUUAAAAAUAGUUGAAUUAUUAAAUACAAUCUCUAAAGCUCAAAUAAGUUGUUUAAUAGAAUAAAUUUCUAUAGUUGGAAAUUUUUUAGAGAAAAUAGAUUUUACAAAUGAAGAAACUACUGAACAUUAAUUUGAGUAAAUAAAAUCUAAAAUUGCUUCUAAUCCUGGAAUUAGAAUUAAGACUUCGCCAAAAAAAUAAAGUAUAAAAAUAAAAUAUAAUAAAUCUAAAGAAAACAGUAAAAGUAUUUUUUUAUUUUAGAUUCUAGCUACUCUAAUUUAUUUUCUAUAUUCUGUAUUUUUGUUGUUCAGUUACUUUAUUAUUUCAUCAUAAUAUUUUGGCUCAUUAAUUUAUUAAAAUUAAUUUGAAGAAAAGACAAUAUAUUCCUUCAAAUAAUUACUUCUAUACAAAUCUUCCUAAUCAUAUUUAUUAUAAUAAAAGAGUUAUCAGAAGCUUGUAAUAAAAUAUUUGUAAAUAGAAAAAGAAAAUAUGCUUUUUCUUAACAAAUGUAAAAUAAUAAGUUAUUUUAUGAUUAGGGGAAGAGGCAAUAAAGUAUAUGGAAAUAUAAUUUGAUGUUCUUUAGGAUUUUUUAUAAAGAUUGAAUGAUCAAAAAUCAUUUUUAAGUACAAUCUUUACAAAUACUAUAAAAAAUAAUGCUUGUUAGGCUUUUGAGUUUACAAUUGCAAAUAAAUCUGGAGAGAGUUAAUUUUUUAAAAAAGAAAUUUGUAAAAAUCUUGAUAGUUUAGCAUAAGGAUUAACAAUUUAAUUAGUUGGAAUAUAACAAAAUUUUGAAUAAUUUUAUUCAAUUUUAAAGUAGAAUGAUGAACAAAUUAAAUUUUAUUUAUCUAAUAUAGAAGUUUCAACUUUUGAAAAUGAUAUAAUAAAUCUUUUUUAUACAUCUCAUGUAUUAACUUUAUUGCAUGAUUUUGUGUAUGAUGAAGCUUAAUAAGAAUUAUCUUUGAAUAAUUUAGUGCAUACAAUAAGAUUUAUAUUUGGGAUCAUACUUUAUCUGAUUUUAAUUAUUAUAAGUAAUAAAAAUAUAAGGGUGUACUUACAUAAAGAAUUAAUUAGAACUAAAUAAUUAUUUUUAUUAAUACCUUUAGAGAUACUGUGUGAGAAUGCAAAUAUCUUGUAAUAGUUAAUAGUGAGGAAUUAAAAGUGA